CAAGGAGGAAGAAAACGGGGGAAAGCUGAUGCGACCUCUGUCAUACAAUGAUCGCAGAAAUUCCCAAAGACAAUUCCAAGGCAUUCCUCCAAUCCGUCGCGACUUUGGGCUCAGAUUCCCCCGUCUCCUCUUCGCCCUCCCCGGAAGCCGGCCGGCUGCUGAGCAGGAGGCGGGACACGCGCACGACCGGCGGCGGCAGCGGCGGCGGCUGCAUCCAUCCGGAGGAGAGCGGUGGCAGCAUCCGGCCGCUGGUGUCCGGCGGCCGCAUCAUGACGUCGGCGGACUUCGCUCACGCCGGCGCUCCUCUGCUGGCCUCCCGUUCUACGCGGAGCCUCCUCUACAAAAUCCUCUGCUUCCUCCUCCUCAUCCUGCAGGGUGGGGUGCUGGACUUCUACCUCAUCGCAUUCACCGAUCUGUACUGGUGCUCGUGGAUUGCCACGGACCUGGUGGUGGUCUCCGGCUGGGCGAUUUUCUUUGUGAAGAACGCGCGCGGCAAGCGGGAGCGAGCCUGCGGCUUCCACCAGAAGGGCUCCGCGCACGGCGGCUGCAACCUGGGCGAGUUCACCUACGCCUACUUAGCGUGGCUCGUGCACGUCAUUGCAUGUACCCCCAAGGUGACGCUGAUCCUGGAGACCUCCAUCCUCGAUCUAGUCGCCACUAAGGUGCCGUGCGGGCUCACGGGAUUCAAGAUCGUCACCCUGCUCUCAGCACCGCUGCUCUUCUGCCUCAUCAACGCCAUCAUCGAGGAUCUUAACGGGCCACCCGGCACCACCCCAGAGCUGCUUCACCUCCACCUCUUGGAUCUCAUCGACAGCUUCUCCCUGGUGGAGGCGCUGCUCCGGAGCGAGAUCCCCACACCGUACCUCAAGUAUACAGUCAUUUCGGCAUACUUUGUGGCGCUGUCCGCUCCCGUCUUAUGGUUGUGCGAGCUGACCGCGUCGGAGCUCCGGUUCCGGUGGUUGUGGGCUCGCUUCUUCUCGGCGGGCCUGCUGGUCAACGCGCCGCUGCUUGUGGUCCGCUGCUUCCAGGUGUACGUCUGGGGGCCCGUAUCGAUAUUUAUGUUGAAGAACGUCUUUUUCCUGGCGUGCAAGGUGCUCGAGCUGGCCGAGCAGUGCGUGGCCGUGCGCGGCAUCCGCCGAGGCUGUCCGGGGGGAGCCACCACCAGGCCCACUUCUUCGCACGGCGUGUCCGAGAACGACAUGUGUCCGCACGGAUACGUCAACACGCUGGCAGUCGCACAGUCCUAGUCACCUGGAUGUACAAACUUCCCAAAUGUAAUAACUACGAAGCCAAUUAAGUCCAGACAUUUAUGGACAUGUAUUUAAAUUGUCCAUUAAUUUAUGAAAUCCUCCCAAAUAUUAUGAAAUCAAUCAUUGAGUAUUUAUUCGAUAAAGGAUUAAAUAGGUCACAAUUCGGUUAAUGAAUGGCCCAUGAAAUGGACUUUUCAAAUAUAUUUUCACAUUAUUCCACAUUUUAACGAUCAAUUUAACUGACUGUAAGAAAACUAUCACCGAAAAAAAAAUAAAAAAAAUGCUGCCACUAUAAUAAGAAGUGAGGGGGGGACAAUUUCAUGCAAUGAAUAGCACAUGAGGAUAACAACAAUCAACAUUUAAAAUAGAUCCUGGGCUACUUUUGUUCCUUUCAAAACAAGAUUUACACAAGCCUUUGUAAUUUCUACAGUGAGACACACACACACAUGUGCUUUAUCACCAAACAAGACCCUCAUGGCCUUUAGCUAACAACAGUGCUUAUUACUUUUUUCCGUAGUACCGGACCAACGUUUAGAAUGAGUUCACAACCAGCUCAAUCACAUUUUUUUUUGGUGGUCAGAAUUAAUGGAAAAUAACACAAUAUUUAAUUGUAUGACUUUAUAAUGUAUGUAACUGGAUAUCCUCAAUGGCAAGUAUGUCUGUAUCUUAAAUAAGGUCGGGCUUUCUUUUUUUUUGUUAAUGUUCCGUGUAAGAAUUGUAUAUUACAAUCGAAUAACAACAUGUCUUUGUGGGUUGUAAAGUGCAAUUUGAAGUCCGUCCACCCCGUCCCAUGCACAUUUGGUGUCUUCUAUGAUGUCGGACAGAAUUUGCUCAAUGAAAAGUCAUCAAAAAUGUGUCCUAGUUAGUUCGCUAUACAGUCCGCCACUUUUAGCCAUUUCACGUCAACCAUUGUAACCGUCGAUGUUAGCUAGUUUGAUGUACAUGUAGCUAAAGACAGUUUAGCUAGCAGUAGCUGGAUGUCACAAGUCGAGUCUAUUCAACGACACGAGUUAUCAGAACUGGGCAACAAAUAACGAAGGAUUUAGAAUGUGAAAAACAGAAUGUUCGGGUUGUGGCAAUUUCGUGGGUUGGGAUUUUAGGUGGGUUAAAAUAGAUUUUUUGUUCCUCCCCAACCUGCUCGGAAAACAGUCGAGGCCGAAAAUGGUUAAAGCUGAUCUCCAUGCAAGUGCCUGCACUUUUCCAAAAAUAUGGUGGGUUGAAGUUUGAAGAUUUGUCCAGAAUGUAUAUUGGUAACAAAGUGGUUAAAUCGGUGUGGGACUAAUCAGCCAAUUUUUACUUUGCUAAGCUAGGCUAACAUGCGCAAAAUUCAUGUCGCAUUGUUGUAGACAAUCUUUUUUUUUUUUACUUGUGCAUUAUUACGCUUGAGUCACUUUAUUGAAUGGCACAAACACUAUUUUUUUAGUCUCGCUCCAUUGCACGGCCUUUCCUUCAUGAGGUCAAAAUAUAUAGAGUAUUCACACAAUGGUACCUUGGCUUCGGAUUGAGGUAUUAUAGUUUGUGAUCUACAGUACAUAAUGCGCAGAAGUCCGCAUUUAGUGCCUCUUAGCUUUGCAUUCUGCACAAUUGAUUUGCUCCCCAAGCAGGCUGGUCAGCGCUUAAACUGACUUGUGCCUUAGUUUAUGUGCAAGGUCCUGCUAUCGUUUUCCCCCCGAUAGUGCUUAAACUCAUUAGGGGGCGGCGGUGAGUUGGUUUGGGUUGAUCCUGGACUGGCCGUGAAGCAACAUGAAUUAGUUUGAGUUCAAAAAAAAAAUAUCAUGGACGGCGGGGUUGUCUAUGUGAGCUCACAGAUGGAGGCAGAUAGCUGUUGCCAUGGGAACCAGUGCUGCCAGACCCCUUCAGCUAUUUGAUAUUGCGUUGGCAAAUGUGUGACUGACAAUUGUUGUCUAGCUUGAUGAUGUCGUGAACCGCAGACUUCCUGUUUAUCACCUAAUUUAUCCCCCCUAAGUAGGUCACAAGACCUGACUCAUGAGAUUCAUUUCAAACUGUGGAAAAGGCGAAUCGAGCUUUAUUACUCUUGCGUAACAUAUUCGCUCUACAACGGCUUCCCAUUGGUCGCAUAUCAUAUCACACCAAAGUGUUUCUAACUGUAUAUUUCAGAUGGCUUUCCACGAUUUUUGUCAUGCUAAAAAAAAAAAAAAA